AUGGACAUCGCGCGGGGAAUGCCCUGGCAUUCUGCUCCUCUUGGCAUUCUGACACUAUCCUACUACCUCCUGUUUGGAAACCUAGGCGAUGCGUAUCUUCUGUGCUUCUGGACUUUGUUGUUUCGAUGGCAAAGGGGAACGACUCUCAUCCCGAUCUAUGAUGGCCACAGCCUCGGUGUGAACGGACUUUUAUGGGCGCUAACCGUCGCUGUGGCCAGCUACGUCCUUAUUAAGGCGUGGACGCGAAGUGGCCGCCAUGUUAAACUCCGGCAGUGGUCGGGCCCGACAAAGCCACUGCUGUUUCCAUGCCGGACCACUCACACCAGACUGUUCCCAAAGAAGCACUCCUUCACCUACUCCUACCUCAUGGUUGGUGUCCCAGUGGGGUGGGAGGGUUCUGCUGGAGGUAUGAUAUCUACGGCUAGUCGAGACGUCGCCUCGACAGGCUGGUAUCAGAUCCACGCGGCAGACUAUCUCGAAAGGGGAAACGGCCAUCUUGGACUCAGAGGCAAACUAGAUGAUUACCUGAAGUCACAGGGUGCCGACCCUUCGUGUUAUCCUUACGCCUACUUGGUGACUGCGGCAAAGUUCCUCGGCUAUCACUUCAAUCCCAUUUCGUUCUGGUACCUGUACUCAGCCGAGAGAGAUAUGACGGCCAUGGUGCUAGAGGUCAACAACACAUUUGGUGAGCGUCGAAUGUAUUUUUUGACUUCUUCAGAUGCGGCCGAACGUAUCAUCAAAGGGCCCAGUGUGCCAGACACCGGCGGCCUUGAAGACAAGACGAGGAGAGGGCCCGCGUCUUCAACGCUGAGACAAGCUUGGCCCAAGGACUUCCACGUGUCGCCUUUCAACUCCAGGAAAGGCGGUUACUCACUCGUGGCACGUGAUCCAUUCGCACCCAUGUUGGAGGGGGUUGGUCGGAUCAACAACACCAUCAACAUGUCGUCGUCCAAGAGUCAUCCCAAGUUGACAGCUCGCAUUUUCUCUGAAGGAGAUGCAAUCGAUCCGGUAUCGAUGGGCAUGUGGCAGAAGCUCAAGUUCCUCACCGCCUGGUGGUGGGUUGGUUUUGUUACCUUCCCACGCAUUGUGAAGGAGGCAGGCGUUCUUUUCUUCAAACGCAAGCUCCACGUGUGGUACAGGCCAGAACCUCUGAGGCAGAGCAUGGGACGCCUCGCAGAUGAAACAGAGCGUCAAUUGGAACCAAUGUUCAGGCGGUAUCUUGAAUAUCUUGUCAGCCAAUGCCCAACGCCUCUGGCUAUCCGCUACAUUCCGAGCGGUCUGGCAGACUCGCAGAUUGAAACGUUCACGUCGCUGGCUGCCCACAACGACAACUCUGUGGAUGAGUUAGAUUUCAAGGUACUGACGCCAGUGUUUUACUCAAGGUUCGUAUACUAUGCGCAUGAUUUCGAAGCCCUGUUCUGCGAGCUGAACGAGAGUUGCACCAUCUGGGUGUCGAGACCUGAUUUAAUCCCAAAGCUGGUCUUCAAGAAGCCACCACCAACUCUCCGACUAUCGAGUUAUUUCGACUAUGGAUAUUUCAAGCUCAUUCAGAAGAUGCGGCGUAGGCCCGAACGCAUAGUACGACCAAUGACAUCGAGCCAAGUCCCGACAGAGUUCUCAACACCUAAUACAAAAAAGACAGACAUUAGGGACUUCCGAAUCUCUUCAAUGGACGGCUAUGUUCUUUCAAACGAAGAAGAAGACUGUCGGAAACUGUACCGAUCCUUAGUCUUAAAGCUCUUCAUCGCAGACCAAGUCGCCAUGGGCAGUAUGGAUCUGCUUUGGCUCGAAAGCUUCAUCUUCAGAACUGUGUUAGCAUGGAUAGCGACGCGCUGA